CGGCCAAGCCUGGGCGAAGGUCCGGCGAGGAGGAGGAGGAGUGAGGAGGCGCCGCCGCCGCCGCGAGACGAUGGCGGCCAACCAACCGCCGCCCCCGAAGCCCUGGGAGAACCGGAGGCUAUCUGCAGAUGUGGGAGUUAGUCAGCUGACGCGGCCCGGGCAGCCCACCCUCACCCGCGUGCCCCCUCCCAUUUUGCCAAGGCCAUCUCAACAGACUGGGAGUACGGCCCUGAGCUCUUUCAGGCCUUCGUACAGCAGCCCCUUCAGCUCAGGCUAUGGCACGUACGGGAACUCCUUCCACGGAAACUACAGCCCUUACAGCUACGGAUAUGGCGGCAUGGGCUACAACCGGUUUCGGAUGGAUGACGUUCCCGCGAGCCGGUUUGUGCAGCAGGCCGAGGAGAGCAGCCGCGGCGCGUUCCAGUCCAUCGAAAGCAUCGUGCAUGCCUUCGCCUCGGUCAGCAUGAUGAUGGACGCUACCUUUUCGGCGGUCUACAACAGCUUCCGAGCCGUCUUGGAUGUAGCCAACCACUUCUCCCGGCUCAAGAUCCACUUCACCAAGGUGUUUUCAGCUUUUGCCUUGGUCAGAACUAUACGGUACCUUUACAGGCGACUCCAGCGGUUGCUGGGUUUGAGAAAGAAUUCCGAAAAUGAUGAUUUGUGGGCAGAAAGCGAAGGGACUGUGGCCUGUGCUGGCCCCGAGGAAAGGGCGGCCAACUCUGCAAAAUCCUGGCCCAUUUUCCUAUUCUUUGCCGUUGUUCUUGGGGGUCCCUACCUCAUUUGGAAGCUGCUGUCCACCUAUACUGAGGACGAAACAGUUUCCAGCAAUUGGGCAAGUGGAGAGGAUGAUCAUGUUGUUGGGAGAGCAGAAUACGAUUUCAAUGCUGUUUCGGAAGAAGAAAUUUCUUUCCGUGCUGGCGAAAUGCUAAAAUUGGCACCCAAAGAACGACAACCCAAAAUACGUGGCUGGCUCUUGGCUAGCCGUGAUGGCCAGACAACAGGACUUGUUCCAGCUAAUUAUGUCCGAAUACUCGGCAAAAGGAAAGGAAAGCGAGCCGCAGAACUGGAGAAGGUUACCGAGCACGAGCCGGCACUCAGCAAUGCCACUUUGAUCCAAGGAGCCACAGCCACCGACACCCUGGAAGAGCAAGAAGCUGCCUUUGAGUCUGUUUUUGUAGAAAAUAAUAAAGUUCCCAACACAUCCAGCUCUGCUGUGCUUGGUGGAGAUAAACAGGACCUUUGAUGCAUUUAUUAAAGUAAGCCUGUGGUGGUCACAGUAAUUCUGUAGGGUAGGCAUUCAGUAGUGAUGUAGCUGAACACUGUUUUUGUGGUGCCCAGGUACUUGCUGUUCACACCUGGUAGAGACAUUGGGAGGGAUGUUUUCAGUCUAAGCCUGUGCUUGGUUCUUUUGACAUUGAACAGUUGCGUUAAGCAGGCUAGCAUCCAUUUCAUUAUCUCAGGCGUGGGUGAGUUUUGGCGUGCAGGAGACCUUGCACCUUGUCCCGUUCAAUGGAAGGAGCUGGGCUGAGACGUUCCCCAGGCAGCUGUCUGCUUUGAAGUUCUCCUCAGGGACUGAAUACAGCGUCAUUGUGGCAGUUCCGAGAAAGAACACGUUUCCACCAAGUCUUCACGCAUUGGUUUUCUUUCCCUCCUUACACCCAGUUAUUGUGAGAUGAAGAAUCUCUGGAAACCUUUUGGGGGAGGUGAAUUAAUACUUCCAUAAGUUAGUAGUUCUGUAUGGAAGGCACUUUAGAACUGACAGCAAGCCUAGUUAAUUGUAGUUCCAAGAUGUGAGCUGACAUGUCCUUGGUCCUCUUUUCGUAGAUAAGCUUUCUACUCUGAGCUUUGAAAUCUGCUCCUUUGUGCUGCCUUAGACCCCAGUGCUUGAAGCUUCAUGUCAUUCUUUGCCUGGACUAAUAGGCAAUAGCUCUUUAACUAGAAAUACUGCAUCACUUUUUCUUCCAGUUCAAAUUUGUGACAUCUGUGGCUCUGCUUUUUUCCUGUCAGCUGCAAGCUGGCCUAUCAAGAAUACCUGAUUGAGGCUCAAACUGCAUGUGACAGCAGAUCUGUAUGUUUUAAACCCAAAUCUGCCACUAUUACAUGCAGUCUCAGCUUCAAUGUUUAGUAAAUGUAAUACAUAAAUCUGAUUUUAUCGUCCCUUACAACUGCAGGUGUGAGCUGAUAGUCAUCCUUUGGCAUUGCUCCUAAGGAUGCUAAACUUUGCUUCUAUAAAGGUUGAGAUGUUACUUUACAAAACUGGACUGACAUGAAAAUAAAACUUUGUUUUCUGAAAUCAUGUUUGCUACUGUAUUGAUGCCACAGUAUUCUGAAUAGUGAGAUAAAAAUCCAGGUUGAUUCUGGGAAGCUGUGAUAAUUGAUAAAACUAAUUUCAGGCUGCAAUUUAUUAAAGUGGUAAACCAGAGCUCUACAAUUUCUGUAGUAGCUAUGAAUUUCCAGUGUGACACAACUGCAUAUUCAUCUUUGUAGACUGUUUUAAAAUAAAAUACUGAGUCUGACACAUGUGCAUCUUGGAUUCUGUCAAUCUUAAAUCACAAUCCUUCUAUAGAGUACCCAAAGUUUCACUACAUGGCCAUUAACUUCCAUGGUCCUCUGGUAACCAUGUGAGGUUAUAGCUGCUCUGGGUUAGGGAAAAUCAGGAUGAGACUUCUGGAUGAACCAGCUGCAUUUUUAUUGUUUUACUUCAAUUUAAAAAGGGAGGGAAAACUUACAUCCUGCCAGUUUUCAAAAAGGAAUCCAAGGUGGCUUACAGCCACAAAAAUAACAAGCAAUAUAAAAAUGAAAACCACAAGAUACAUUAAAUUACUAUCACAAUAAAACAGCAAUUAGCACAGGAAGCAAACAAUCCCUGUAUGUAACAACUCAUAAACAAGAUUAGGUAAAUAGAGACACCACUUGUGCACCCCAUACAAGACAGAUUACACAACAUGGAAAUCCAAGGGCACAUCAGAUUCUUCGCUGGUUGAGUGCAAAUAUGGCAUCUCUCAUAGCUCCUAGGAGUGGCCAUCCUGGGAAAUAAGCCUUGGAACAAGCAUACACACCUGACCCAAGUUGCUUGCAUGACUAUGGACUGAUCUCUUUCGAUUUGCAGUCCCUCUGCACAGAAAAAGAAGGGGAAAAAUGGGGCGGCUGAAAUGUACUAGGAAAGUUAUCUUCAUAUGUAAUACUUCAAAAUUUUAACUAAAUAUUUGCUUCCCUCCACACCCCUCAAAAAAAACCCCCAAGCCUAUUGAAAAAUAAAAGUGGCUAGGGUUGGUGGUGGGAAAAUGUUCCACAUUUUCAUUAGACUUACACUUUGUGAGAUCAAAAUGUUACAGAUUAUUUUCAGAUAAUACUAUAGUAAAAUCAGCAGGUUGAAAAGUGUUUUGCUUAAAAAGGAUUUAUUAUUGAUUUACUAAACUUCCAGACAGGUCCUAAAUGUAUUCACUUAGAAGUACGGUAGGUCCUACUGAAUUUGAUGGGGCUUGUCCCAGGAAGUACCCUUGGAUUGCAGUCUUUAUCUUACUUUAUACCGUACUUGCUUAAACUAUACUUAACGAACAGUCAUAUCUGUGCAUAUUGAACUUCAAUAGAUAAGUAUGUAUAGUGGACCUUGCCUCUGACACUUUGACUCUGCUUGUUUUGUUGGAGCCAGAACUAAAAUGGAUGUAAACAACCUAGAUAUACUAAAAGUUUUAUCAUGCGGUUGGAUUAACCUUGAUGAAUCUAUUAAAUGCGGUUGAAACUUGA